AUGGUACCUGACCGCGGACCAACAACCUCAGCCGUUACCAUCGUUAUAACAGUCUUGGCCACCUUGUUCGUUGUUGGUCGCUUCUAUACAAGAAUAUGGCUGGUUAAAUCCGUGAAACAGGACGACUGGUGGAUUUUGGCAGCAUGGGUGCUUGCUGUUGGCUUCUCGGCCUCAAUAUGCACUGCGGUCAAAUAUGGCUUGGGCAAGCACAAGAACGACAUUUCUGACGAGGAUUUCAGCUCACUGCGCAAGGCCGAAUAUGCUUUCUCAAUCCUAUACAAUCCAGCCCUCAUGCUCACCAAGACGUCCAUCGUCGUAUUCUUCCUCUCCGUCAUGUCCAAGGACGUUGACCCUGUAUUCAAGUGGUGCAACUGGUUAACCCUUGUACUUGUUAAUGCCGUCGGCACGGCACUGACCUUGUACAACAUUUUUCAGUGUCGCCCAAUCGUUCAGGCAUGGGCAUAUCCUCGGUCAACCGAUGCAAAAUGCGCCGACAUAGUCACCUUGUAUCUCUCAUCAGCUCCUGUCAAUAUUAUCACAGACAUUGCCCUACUGGUCCUUCCCAUGCCGAUCCUCACCGGCAUGCGACUGCCUCGAAAGCAAAAAAUCAUCCUGCUGCUGACAUUUAGUGCUGGAGCUUUUGUGGCGGCGGUGGACGUGGUCCGCAUCGCAUAUCUCCAAAAUGCAGCGCUAAACCGGUUAAAACUGGUCAAGACCGACGGAGGCUCUAGUGGCCGUAUUGUCGAAGAGAACGAUUUCUCCUGGUACGCCAGUUUGAGUUUCAUGUGGUCGGCAGUCGAGGUCUGCACGGGGAUUAUUUGUGCAUGCGUGCCGAGCCUGAAACCACUCUUUCUUCGUUUCCUUCCACGCAUGGUCAGGGACGUCGGGGAUACCCAGAUCGGUAACGACAAGCCCAGCGUCGUCAAUCCCGGUAUGCCCAUUGGUGAUAUCUCGAUUCUCAAUAACCCAGCCGCAUUCAGGCAGCCUCAAACCAAAGAAUACCGUGGAGACGAAGAUGGAGAUCAAAUGGGCUUUCUCAACAUGCUUUCACAGUCUCCAGAUGAAGACACCACUACAGUUUCCAGGGUAUCUACGAGGUUGUCUCGGAGGAGCACCGCAAAGACAACCACUUCCGAUUUCGGGUUUGUCAAGACCUACAAGAACCGAAACAUGUUGAGGUUGUCGACAAAAGAGAGCAUCUGGCCUGUUGCUGUCAUCACCCUCGUCUUCUUCUUGUGGGGCUUGGCAUAUGGGUUUUUGAGCAGCCUCAACUCCAGGUUCCAGGAAGUGGCGAAGCUCUCUACUGGACAAGGAGUUGGGCUUCAUUCGGCUUAUUAUGCCGGUUACCUGGUAGGACCCCUUACAUUGGGCCGCUUCAUUCUCAAGAGAUAUGGCUUCAAAGCCUCCAUGAUUUCAGGUCUAUGCGUCUAUGGUUGCGGCACUCUGGUUUUCUGGCCAUCGGCAGUGCUGACCUCGUAUCCUGCCUUUGUUGUCUCGAACUUCAUUGUGGGAGUUGGUCUCUCUUGCCUGGAGAUAGCCGCCAAUCCAUAUACCUCGCUUUGUGGCCCUCUAGAAUACGCUGAAAUUCGGCUGAAUAUAUCGCAAGCAUUUCAAGCCAUCGGUACUGUAUGCUCACCUCUAUUGGCAACCAAGGUGUUAUUCAACAAUGUCCUGAAUGCCCCCUCCCUUGUGAACGUGCAGUGGACAUAUUUGGGCAUUGCCCUAUUCGACUUCGCACUUGCGGUGGUUUUCUUUUACAUCCCCCUCCCCGAGGCAACCGAUGAACAGCUAGAUGAAUUGGCAGAUCGACGAAGCGCGGCUUACCGGGCUUCUGUGGGACCUUGGAAGGUUGUGUAUGUCACCCUUGGGUUUGGAGUGUUCAGUCAAUGGUGCUAUGUUGGGCAACAAGAGUGCAUUGGUGGUUCAAUCGAAUCCUUGAUCCAGGUCGUGAAGCCGCACACCAAUCUCCACCCGUUCGAUUUCGAAACAGUAGGCCACACUGUAUUCAUGGCUGGCCGAUUCUUGACCGCAUUCCUCGACUACUUUAUCAAACCGCGUUUGGUUCUCCUAGGACUUUUCGUCGGACUCAUUGUUUGCUUAGGGCUACAAAUGCACCUCGUCGCCGAUGCAGCGGCGGCCGUUGCAAUGCUUUCAUUUUUCUUCGAGGCAGGAAUUUUCAGCAACAUCUUUGCAACUUCCAUGCGUGGCCUGGGCGGUCACACCAAAACCGGUUCCGCCUUUAUGACGGCUGCGAUAUCUGGAGGUGCUGUCUUUCCUCCCAUCAUGUGGGCGGUGUUCAACGUACGCGGUACCAAAUACGCGUAUAGCGUUCCUUUGGCGGCCGCGGUGUCCGGAAUGAUCUUCCCAAUUUAUUUGAACCUAGUACGUGCGGCCAGAGUACAGGUGGAUCCCGAGUACAAGUCCAAGUCACGCAGGCAUAUCUUCAGAAGCUUCAGUCAGACGACUUCGGAUUCGGACGACACCUUUAAAAAUUCUGGCCUUGGUCAAACCACGACAAGGCACCAUAAGACGGAUGGAGGCAUGUCUUCUAGCACGAACUAUGAAGGGCGACCUGAAAUCGAUCACGUCGAAAGGAAAUGCAGUGGUGAAAGUCGCCAGAGCCCAGCAUCUCCGAUUUUCACAUUGGACUUUGGGGAUGAAAAGAAUCAGAUGAAGCACACCCAGCCACCUCAAUCAAGACCGACAAAGGGAUACGUGGGAGAGCUGACGCUUUGGCCAGGUGACGACGAUUCUGGUGUCAGUUCUGAUACCGACAGGAGGCCACACCAGGAGGCUGCCACUGUCAACGCUCAUGAUCCAAGCGUCGCGUGUGAAGGCGAAGCUUCCGGGAAGGGUAAGAACCGUAACAGCUUGGACGAUUAUCAUGCUAUAAUGAGAGAACUUUGA